CUAAUUAUCUUAAACAAAUUUCAUCAAAAAGCCCAUAAGUCCAGUGUUCAUAUUAUAAAAGCUUCAUUUUAUUUGUUCCCCAUACUUCUGAAAGCAUCUUUGGUAACUUGAAAAGCCUAUAGAUAGAGCAAAUGGCAGCACAAAAAACAGCUUUACACACACAGCCAAUGACUGGGGCAAAUCAAAGAAUCCGCUGAACAUCAAUUAGUGCAAAGUUUAUAAUCUUUCCCCAAACCCAAAAUUUCAGUGAAAUGACAUGCAUUCAAAUUUGUAUCGAACGACUUCCAAGAUCGUUUCUCUUGCUAGACUUGGUCACAUUUCAUGUGCCCGCCAACUGUUUGAUUAUAUGCAGGACAGAGAUGUUGUCUCUUGGAAUGCAAUGCUAUCAAGCUAUACUCAAAUGGGUCUUUUCCCAGAAGCGCUUUCUCUUUUCCAGCAAAUGAGAGUCUCCCAUGUCAAUCCUGACCAAUUCUCGUUUACUGCAACUUUAAAUGCUUGCGCAGGCUUAAAUGACAUUCAAAAUGGAACCAGAUUGCAUGCUUUAGUCCUUGUUUUUGGGUACGAAUCUUCAUUACCGGUUAAUAAUUCGCUUGUUGACAUGUAUGGUAAGUGUUCAAAGCCUUGUAGUGCAAAUAAAGUGUUCAAGGAAAUAAAUGAAAGGAAUGAAGUUACUUGGUGUUCUAUGUUGUAUGCAUAUACAAAUACUGGUCAGUUUAAUUUGGCAAAUGAAGUUUUUUGUGUGAUGCCAAAUAGGGUUACAAUUGCAUGGAAUAUAAUGAUUGUGGGGCAUGCUAAAUAUGGGGAAAUUGAAUUAUGUUUAAGUUUAUUUAAAGAAAUGCGAGAGAAUUUGUGUUUGCCUGAUCAGUGGACUUUAAGUGCUCUCAUGAAUGCUUGUGCUGAAUCAUCUGAAGCGAAAUAUGGAUACAUGGUGCAUGCUUUUGUAAUCAAAACUGGUUGGAGCUCUGCUGUGGAGGCAAAGAAUUCAAUCCUCAGCUUUUAUGCAAAACUAGGCAACCAGAGUCAUGCUAUCAAGGAGUUUGAAUCCACUGGAAUGCUAAGUCAAGUUUCUUGGAAUGCCAUCAUUGAUGCUUACAUGAAAAAAGGGGAUACAGAGGAAGCUUUUAGUGUAUUUCAGAGGGCACCUGAGAAAAAUGUUGUUUCAUGGACGUCGAUGAUUACAGGGUAUGCAAGAAAUUCAAAUGAAGAACAAGCUCUUAGCUUUUUUGUUGAAAUGAUAAAGAAUUGUUUAUGUCCUGAUGAUUUCACAUUUGGAGCUGUCCUUCAUGCAUGUUCAAGUUUGGCAGUACUAGGGCUUGGCAGCAUGGUUCAUGGGUGUGUGGUUCACUAUGGUUUCCAAGCUUAUGUUUAUGUUGGCAAUGGCUUGGUUAACAUGUAUGCUAAGUGUGGAGAUAUUGAAGGGUCAAUUCGCGCAUUCAGUGAAAUUCUGGAUAAGGAUUUGGUUUCCUGGAACGCAAUGCUAUAUGGAUUUGGGAUGCAUGGACUGGCCAGCGAAGCUUUACAGCUCUAUAAUCAUAUGAUAGCAUCUGGAACAAAACCAGACAAAGUUACUUUCAUUGGGUUGCUGAUAACUUGUAGCCAUGUGGGGCUUAUAGAGGAAGGUCGUAUGUUUUUUGAAUCAAUGGAGUCAAUUUAUGGUCUGUCCUAUGAAAUCGAUCAUGUGGCCUGCAUGGUGGAUAUGCUCGGCCGAGGUGGAUACUUGAAGGAAGCAGAAGAAUUGGCAAAUAAGCAUUCAGGUGCAGUUUGCGGUAAGACAAGUUCAAGUGAGGCUCUACUUGGAGCUUGUUAUGUGCGAGGGGAUGUAGAGUUUGGAACAAAUUUGGGAGAGGAUUUGAGGAGUUCAGAGCCGAAAAAGGAGAUGAGCUUUGUUUUGUUGUCAAAUUUGUAUUGUGCAAGUGGUAAGUGGAAGGAAGCAGAGAUGGUAAGGAAGGCUAUGGUGGAUCAAGGGAUACAGAAACUGCCUGGUUGUAGUUGGGUUCAAGUGAGAAAUGAAGUGGCAGCUUUUGUAGCUGGGAAUAAUUCCCAUCCAUCAAUGGGGAAGAUAUUUGAGAUAUUACACUCCCUUGAAUUUGAAAUAAGAAAUCCAUGCUUUACUUUAUUGUCAAGGAGUCUUCAUAGGAAACCGUUUACAGGUUAGAUUUGAAGUCUCUGCUUGCUUAAUACCUUUGUGCCCAAAGGUCUCCUCUCAGCUAGUUUCUGGGGCUCACAUUUCCUUUCCAACCAAAAGGCACCUCCAGAGGUAAAGAAACCUUAGCAAAGCAAUAGCAGUUAAUUGUUGACUGUCAAAGGAAGAGAUUGACUUCAACAAGGCAAACAGAGAUAAGGAAAAUGAUGAUCUCCCUAUCACAUUUCCUAGAACCUCAAGCAAAAAUGAUGUAACGAGGAAGAAGAUAUGCAUGUUAAUCUUAAUUAUACUUACUUUCUUAAAUGUUGUUACCAUAUAUAGCUCAAGUUGAGACAUUUUCUAUCAUUAGUGUUCUGUUAUGCGAGCUUCUAUCAUUAGCUUCUCCUUGGAUUUUUCCCAGGAGUGCCAAAACUAAGAAUAAAGAUGCUGGUUCAAAUCAA